UGUCUUUAAUGGCUUCCCCCCUUGCAUUUUCCUUUUCAACCAAUAAGACAAGGUCAAUUCCUAUACUCCCAGAACACAAUCUCUGUUUCUAGCUUUCUCUCUCAAGCCAUAUCUAACAAUGAAGAAUAUGAUGGACAAGUUCUUUGAUCACCUGAGGUUUGUGUUUCUCACCUCCUUUGUACUAUGUUUCUCGUUGUUCUUUUUGGAUUACAUGGCUGUUCUUCAUGGUCAGAGUGGGAUCACUUUUUUGCUCAUAUCCAACCAAGCCCAUGAGCCUAAUCACCCCGUCACUUCUAUAAGUAAUUCUGAUCAAACCUUGAAUUUCCCAGGAAAAGACACUACUUCUUCUGAUAAAUCUGUUUCUGUCUCUGUCUCUGAUUCGCAAACAAAUACUAUCAUAGAAAAUGAAAACCCCAUACAUAUUCGAAAACAACAUAGGGAUCCUUGUUCGGGCAAAUAUAUCUAUAUGUAUGAUCUUCCUAGUAGGUUUAAUGUGGACUUGCUCAAAAGAUGUCACACACUCUUGAAAUGGAUGGACAUGUGUCCUUACAUGAUCAAUUUAGGUCUUGGACCUAAGAUCACGCUAACAGAGAGAUCAAAAGCAAAAGUUUUGCUGCUGAAGAAUCGUUGGUAUGCCACUAACCAGUUCUCACUAGAAGUCAUAUUUCAUAACAAGAUGAAGCAUUAUAGAUGCCUAACCAAGAAUUCCUCGCUGGCUUCUGCUGUAUUUGUGCCUUACUAUGCUGGCCUUGAUGUGGGCCAAUAUCUAUGGGAUUCAACUGUUUCAGAAAGAGAUGCUUCUCCUAUAGAACUCUCAAAGUGGCUUUCAAGAAGGCCUGAAUGGAAGCGAAUGUGGGGCAGAGACCAUUUCCUUGUUGGAGGAAGAAUUGGCUGGGAUUUCAGAAGAAGAACAGAGGACGAUUCUGAUUGGGGAACAAAGCUUAUGUUUCUUCCACAAUUUUCCAAUAUGACUUUUUUGCCUAUAGAAUCUGGUUCAUAUUCUAAUGAUUUUCCCAUUCCUUACCCAACCUACUUUCACCCUUUGAAGGACCGUGAGGUUUUGAAGUGGCAGAAGAGAAUGAGAAGGGUGAGAAGACCCUACCUGCUUUCAUUUGUAGGUGCUCCCAGACCAAAUUCAACACAGCUUAUCAGAGAAGAGCUCAUCAAACAGUGUCUUUCAUCUUCAAAAACCUGCAAGUAUCUUGGUUGCUAUGAUGGUGACAGCAACCAAUGUGAAGACCCUAUGAGUAUUAUUAAGGUGUUUCAAAGUUCACAUUUUUGCUUGCAGCCUCCUGGAGAUUCAUUUACAAGAAGAUCAACUUUUGACUCUAUUUUAGCAGGGUGUAUUCCGGUGUUCUUUCAUACAGAAUCAGCUUAUGAUCAAUAUUUAUGGCAUUUGCCUAAGGAUGGGUCUACAUACUCUGUGUUUAUACCAGAAGAAGAGGUGAUAGGGAAAAGAGUGAAGAUCAGUGACAUUUUGUUGAGAGUUUCAAAGGGUAAAAUGAUGGCCAUGAGAGAAGAGGUUAUAAAGCUUAUUCCCAGAAUCAUAUAUGGCGAUCCGAGAUCCAGAUUUGAGACUGUUGAGGAUGCAUUUGACAUUACAAUAAAGGAAAUUCUAACGAGAAUUGGGAAUUUGGAAGGGAAAAAAAAAAGAUUUUUGAUGCCAAUACUUGAGUGA